AUGGAAACUCCAGGGGACCUCGAAUACGCGAACUUCAAGCCCACGCCCACAGACCUAGAACGCCGAGCGAUUCUAGAAAGCCACGGCUUCGAAUUCGAACCCGCACAACCCUUCAUCGCAAGCCUAUACGGCUACAUACACGACGCCGUCCUCUCAGCAGGAAUCGAAGAGACCUGCAAAGAACUAAGCCAGCAAGUAUUCCUCGCCUCACUGAGCCGCGACGCUAUGAUUCCGCCCCCGGUCCAGGAUACCCACAUGUACCACCGGGUCAAGGUCUCGUUUAACAUUGCAACGGCGACGCUGGGGCAGAAGGCGCAGGAAGCAGACGUGAGAGUCGUGUUCACAGCGAUGAUGUGGCACUUAGGAACCCCGAAUGAUUUGGUGGCUGUGCGCGACACUUACGAGAAACGGGGCAAGUGUCGAGGGCAGAAGGUCGUGGUGCUGAAGCUUAAGGUCAUUCAUGAUGGUACGAAAGCUCGGGCUUCUUGCUGGGUUGCUCUGGACUGCGGACAGGACGUCGACUUUGAGGCGGCGGGCGUGUUUGACCCUAAGCCUGAUUAUUCGAGUGAUGAUGUCGCUGGGUCUUGGUUUGCUGGGAUGCUGUGGUCUCCAACGGCGAUAUCUAACGUUCUGGUUUUACUGAUUCUUGAAGUGUAUGUAGUCUUUAUUCGGUAA